GCUACAUCGACUCGGAAGAUACCCUGGUCCCUGGCUCUCUGGAUCUGGGGCUGAUUCAACCACCAUGGCGCCUGACGGUGACAAGGCAGGGGACGACGUCGUUGUCGGCGAUAGCAAUGUUUGCCUGCCAGAGCACUGUUUUCAUGCUUUCGAUGCACUCUACUGUUCCCUUACUUCGAACGAACCUAUUACUCCCACCUUUCCAGACGACGAGUAUCCUCUUUUCGUGACUUGGAACACGAGGUCGAGCCGUUCAGGUAGACCGCCUCGACUACGAGGUUGCAUCGGAAACUUCGAACCGCAACCUCUACGCGAUGGCAUAGCCGAAUACGCGUUGAUUAGCGCGUUUAAGGAUUCCAGGUUUCGCAAGAUAGAAGAGAAAGAGCUCCCAGCGCUCGAGUGCGGGGUUUCCCUUCUCACAGACUUCGAAGAUGCGGACUCGUACCUAGACUGGACGGUUGGAACGCACGGAAUUUACAUAUCUUUCCAGAAUCCUUCACUAUACCCUUCGUCGCAGACCUCCUCGAACAGCCCCUCGCCCCUGUCAUCGUCACCUUUCUUGCCUCGGUUUACGUCACGUCAUACCCUCACCGCAACGUAUCUCCCGGAUGUCAUGCCAGAACAAGGUUGGGACAAGGUGGAAGCCGUAGAUAGUGCAAUUCAUAAGGCAGGCUGGAAGGGAACCGUAACAGAAGAUAUCAGAAGGAGCGUCACUCUGCGAAGAUAUCAGAGUAGGAAAUGCACGGUAGGCUGGGACGAGUUCGUCCAGUGGAGGAGAGCUCAUGGAGACGAAUCGAUGUAACGGAUCACUAAAGCAGAAGCGACUUUUAGCCUUUGUUAGAACUGUACCAUUUGAGCAUAUAUGUACAAUACGAUAGCAGCUGUGGAAAGUAGAUGCACAGGAUGUGGCUGCCUACUUCUCCGUUGGUGCGAAGAUACUGGCUCGCAAUCUCUCCACCCUGCCAUCCCAAACUCCGCCAAAUUUCGCGUCCAGCUGCUUCCACACCUUCCUCAGUUUGCCGCUAUCGUGUCCACUGGCUUUCCCAAAUGCCACCAGAACCCAAUAUAUUGUCCUUGAGCUUGGUCGGUGAGUAGGAGGCAAAUUGAGGAAUGCAUUGAAUACAGCGUGCAAGUUAUCCAAGUUCCAGGCAGUAGGAGUAGAGGGAUCAUAGCCAAACUUAAGCCUAUUUGAGAGCAAGCCGGCCGUGCCCUUUUCAUGAGGCUCUCGAGCGUGACGUACGAAACCGAGAAAAAUGCCACGGAAGGCAGGCAGUGUGGGAUGAUAAAGGGGCAGCUCUGCAGUAUUGCUAUCGCAAGGAGCAGAGGAAUCCAUGUUGGGGGUCGAAAGCAUAUCGACAAACACUUGAAGAGCGCGUAUCAGGUCCCCCUGGUACGCCAGGGACUGUAUCAUCGCGUUGUACGUCUUCUCAUCCGGUAUUAGCGAGCUAGGUAUCGUGAGCCCUUCAAUAUCUCUGAGGUAGGCGGCCGCGGAGUUGACGUCUGCUUCUCCCUGCCCCUCUUGAGACUCUUCAGGCUUGACAUUAUGACGGAGAACACGAUAGAUGGUUGAAGCGACAUCCAAAUGGCCGUUCCGAGCGUAAGCCCACAGACAUGCGUUGACGCCGUCUAUCCCAAUAUCCAUACCCUGUUCCUGCAUCUUGCGCAUGGUGGCACGUACCGCGGGAAUCUGAUUGGUGCGCGUAUAGUAGGAUAGAAGUGAAAGGUGGGUGAUACGAUUGGGAAGAGCGCCGGAGCUCUCUAGGAGCGAAGUAGCAUGGCGAAUUAGGUCGGACCGCAAAGUCAGACUUGCAAUGUGCAAUAGAGUAGUGUAGGUUAUGAUGUCUGGUUGGGUGAAAGGCAAGGAAGAGUCAUGACUGAUGGUGGGGUCUGCUGACUUUCCUUGGGACGCGUAAGCGAGCAUGCCGUUGAAGAUGUCGAGAGCAGCCAUGUAAUCUUCUGGUCUGGUUUUGCGCCAGUGCUUCCCGGCGCAGUCGAUGAGUGCGUUCCAUUGCCAGAGAAAGACCUGACCGCCGGAGUCCUGAAUGGCGGUGAGGACAGCAGACAAUCUCAAGAAGAGCGUCCGCGUCCGUGGUUUCGAUGAAGCCAGCAGACGGGCAAGACGGUGGAGGAGGGGGACGGGGAUAACACUGCCAUCGGUACCAUGGUCCAAUUUGCACAGAGUAUCGUAGGCCUCCCAUGCAUCGUUGGCGGAAGAUGUUUCCACCAUGAUUGCAAGUAGAUGCUCCCGGUCGAGUUCCCUCCUUUCGUCGGCGUCUAGGUCUUGGGAAUUGCUCGAAAGAGCGGUCUCGUUGUCGCGAGUUGUUGCUGUACUUCCUGGCUUGACAUCCGACGUAUCUAGGCGGGAAUGGCAUGAAAUAUCGCAGCUUUGUUUGCUCCACGAGAGGUGUGACGGAUGAGUGGUGUUCAUGUCUGCCCAGGCUGGGAGAGUUAUGCGUUCCCGCGCAGGGGUUGGUUGUGCGUCGCUUCUUGCUCUUUGCUCUGCACUCUGCACCUGUUGAAGCUGCGGUGCUGUCGAGCUGGCACGUCGACAUUGAGGUAAGAGAACGUGAAGUCGGCCGUGGUUGCAUGUCCGACGGAGAGCAGUCGAAAAUUUCCAGUCCAACAAGGACCCUGCUUGCAUGAAUGCCCAGUGCAGUCAUCCAGACUAGCACUGUGAGAUUAUGGGCAGAGG